ACUCCAACAAAACCACAUCCAUGGAACACUGCUUCAGGUGCUGUCACUGUUACGUUCCUACCUGGCGGACACACACAGACCCCAGUCAGGAAAUGAGCAGGAACGUGACCUCUCCAGUGCCCUUUUUCCGCGGCUGUGGCUCGCCACAAGAGUCGCAGCUGCGUGAGGAAACUCUGCAGAUUCUUAUGGCCUCAGAACUUGUGGCCCCUCAGGGGCCCGAUGACAUGAAGCUCUCAGUCCCUGGAGCCACACAGUACCUGCAGAGUCUGGCUCACAUAGCCAUCAGCAUCUGUGUGGAAUCACCUCACCUGUGGAUUUGUCCAGAGUCUGACGGGUUUCAGAGCGACCUCCUGGAGCGACUGCUGCGGUGUCCGCUCUAUGAGGUUCGGCUGUUUGCCCUGGAACAGUUCUUCAGGAGACUUCAGAAGACAGAGGAAGAGUGUCAACGGGGUCAGGGACCCUUGCCCUUUGACCUCAGUGUGUCCAGCUUAACCUCCCUGGCCCUUCACGAGACUUACCCUGGGUGUCAAGCCAUGGUUUUGCAGGUUCUUGCUGUCCUCCCACUUUCUUCCCUGCUGCACUGGAGAGAUGGGAUGACGUCUUUGAGCUGUCAGGAGGUUCUAGAGUAUCUCCUCACAUUGCUGGAAACCUCUACACACAGUGUGGAGCUCUACUGUGCCGCUCUCUCCCUGACAUCUCAGUUGGUGCUGCACCUGGCCAAAUCAACGCCGCAGCAGGAGCUCAGUGAGGCUGCUGGUCUGUCUGAGCAAAUGGGGAGGCUGCGGUGAGGAACAACCUGCAGAAGUCAAACUCAUGUCAGCAGAGGUGCUGGUGAAGGCAGUCCCCACCUUACUGACGGCACCAGCACUUCCUCUGGGUAUCACACACACUGUGGCACUAUGGAAGAACCUGUUUACUUUAUUACAGGAUGAAGAUCAGGACGUCAGGGACAGAGCAGCUGACUUCACCUGCUACAUACCGGACCAUUUACACAACACAGAUGUUGCCACGGGUGCCGUCUCUCCUCCAGUUGCCCUGGAGAUUGGGGGUGGGUCUUCUGUGCCAGCUGUUCCAGAUGUGGGGCCAGGUGGCUGCUGGAAUGGUGACCCUGAUAGAAUGGCUCCUGGGAGAUGAACAAUCAGAUAUAAGUUGUGAGGAGUCACUGGACUUGGAUGAGGACUUCCUCUUUGAGAAGAGAGAUCGUAACCUGUGGGGCCGAGCCUUUGUUAUGGGCAUGGAUGUUGCACA